AUUUCCGCAAAGCACAAACAACACGCCGAAACCUCCACCCAGGUCCCGUCGCACCAGCAAAGAAAAAACACCCCCAGAGACUACAGAAAAAACGCCGACGCACCCCAAACCAAAUAUCUGCUCACGACUGAUGGGAAAAUGCAAGACUAAAUGCUGUCCUUGCUGCAUAAAAAAAGGACCCGAACCUUUGGAGGAAGAAAGAGAAUCAGAGAUUAGGGAGGAAUUAAGCGAGAAUGUAGAUAAGAAAAAGUUUUGGAAGAAAAUUAAUUGUUUCAAGAAAAAGGUGCCAGAAGAGGAAAUUGAAAUUGCUGCGGGAAAAGGCACGACAAUAGAAUUCGAAACGGAAACGAAACGAAAACGCAAACUUCGCGACGUGCUAUGCUCGUGUUGUCGUCGUAAGCGCGUCGCCGACAUAUCGGAGCCGCCUCUACACGCGGAGGUGACAGCUCCUGUAACGUCAUCCGACGUGGUGAAGGAGACGGGCUGCUGUGGGAAGAAGAAGGAAGCGGAGAGGCGGGACAGCAUACUUAGUGACCAGACACCUUCAACAUGCUGCAACAAUCGGCUUUGCCGUUGGAUCAGGGGCGCGUGCAGGAGACAGUCAACAGUGGCAGAGUCCGCCAGCAGGAGAACCAGUCUCUUCUCUAAAAACAAGAGUCUCUCUCCCACUCUUCCUCCAGAGGAUACCCGCAAGAAACUAGACCCGUCCCUCAUAGAACACACGAGCGUGAUGCGCGGAGCGAUACCUGUGCUGCCCAUCGCACUCGCCUACUUCUGCCUGCUGUGCAACAUUGUUAUACCUGGUCUAGGUACUAUCUUCAGCGGCAUGUUUUGUAUCUGUUUCGGCAUACCGCGGUUCGGUGUCCACGACGGAGCUAAAUAUAGGAUAGGUUCGUUUAUCAUAAACUUGUUGGUGGGCGCUGGGCAGCUGUUCACGGUGCUGUUCUGCCUCGUGGGCUGGGGCUGGUCCAUCUGGUGGGGCUACAUCAUGGUCAAGACCUCGCGUAAAUACAAGAAAUUGAAAGCAGAAGCGGCCGCAGAGGAGGCCGAAGCACCUCCUGUGACGAACAACAAUCAUACGCAAGCGUAACUUACUUAAACCAAGUUCUUAUAUAAGUCGAAAGAGCAAAAAAUGUAUAUCUAAUUAACUUCUAAACGUUUUACACGUUAAAAUAUGCAUUAAAAAUAGAUCUGAUAUUGGUCGCCAAAAUUGUGAUACAAAUGGCGCCCAACGUGGGGCCAAUCACGGUUAAGCGUAACUUACUUAAAACAAGUUCUUAUAUAACUUGAAAGUGAAAAAUGCAUACCUAAUUAACUUCUAAAUGUUUUACUCGUUAAAUUAUGCAUAUAAAUAGAUAGAAAAUAGUGAAACAAAUGGCGCCCAACGUGGGGCCAAAUGAUAGGUAUCCCAGAUGUUUGCGGAAAGCAUUCACAAUUACUAUUUUGCGUAACUUACUUAAAAAAAGUUCUUAACUUCUUAAAUAACUUGAAAGGGAAAAAUAUAUGAUACUACUUGGAUUGAUAUUGGUCGCCAACGCCAAUUGUGGAACAAAUGGCGCCCAACGUGAGACCAAAUAAUAUCCCAGACGUUUGCGGAAAGCAGACACCAUUCAUGAUUACGAUUACGAAACUCAUAUUAAGCAUGAUGAUAUUUUAAUGAUACUCUUAUAUUGAAUUGUAUUAUUAUGAUACUAAUACUUAAAAAUACUCGAAAACAAGAUAAAAAAAAUCAAAAUCAAAAAUCAUUUAUUUCAAUUAGGCUCAGUUUACAAGCACUUUUGACACGUCAGUUGACUAUUUGUAAAGAUUCUACCACCGGUUCGGAAGGCAGGUUCUGCUGAGAAGAUACCGGCAAGAAACUCAACAGUUGCUCUUUUGAAAAGGACAAAAAAAUAUAUUGGUAAGGAAAAAUAAUAUUGAAGGAAUUAAAAGAAACUGUAGGUAUAAUAGGUAUAAUAUGUCCUAAACUUGGUAGGUAUGCUAUAAAUUAGGUAUAAAACGCAAAUUAAGUGCGUAUGAAAAAAGACAUAAGAAGGAGAUUUGUAUUAAAAAUACCUAAUAUCCAAUAACAUUUUUUACAUAAAAAAUAACAAAAAAUUUAUUCUUGUUAUUUAGUGUACAGUAUUUUUCAAAGUAAUAAUUAUUAGAAAUUGUAAAUUCGAUUAAUAUUUGCAUGAAUAAGAAUGAAAGAAGCUGUAAUAUAAUUCUGCUGGUCAGAAAUUUUUCAGUCAUGACGUAUCAUGACUUUUUUUACUUCCAUACGAAGUUUUCCAACCUAUUUAAAGGUCUUUUUAAUCUGUAGUUUUUGUAUAGAAGUGGCAACACUGACCAAAAAUGAUGAACAAAAAUAUGUUGAUAUUGUCCGUGACUGAGACAGUCGCAAAAACGGCAAUGAAAAAAGCUGUUAUGGUGUCAAAUAAAUAAUUUUAUUUUUACAAAAAAAAA